UUUCAUAAAAGAUGCUUUUAAUUGGAAUACUAUUAGCAUUUCAGCACGUGUGACCGAUUAUCAGUUUCGUUGCUUAACUACGUUUCAACUACGUCUUCUGUCCUUGGCCUACUCUCCGCCAGCUUCCAGUCAGGAUCAUCCAAUAAAAGACUGCCACUGAUAAUGACAUCUGACGGGGGUUCAGCGCAUCAGCUGCGACCCAGUCAGCUCAAGGCGUGUGUGUUUGUAUGGACGUGCGUGACAGUCAACAGCUAUCACCUGUAACUAAUACUUAAAAGCCUGUAGAGAAAAGCAGUUUUUGUAUGUAAAUUAUUUCAGUAGAGAAGUAGUGAAGACAUUGGAUGAUUUUGUCUGGCUUAUGAGUCUCAGUUAGCCAGGCAAAGGUUGAUAAGGCUUGAAGGAAGCACUGGUCCAAAGAUUACAUGAGCAUUACCAGCAGAAGGCCAUGGAAGCGGAACAACCUCCCUCACUACAAGAGGAGCAGAUGAUGCAACAGCCUCAUUCUGCAUACCUUCCCCAGUCUGAGACAUUGCCUCCCAUGUUUUCACCACCACAGCAAGCACCAGUUGACAUCAUGCCACCAUCAUUAUUCUCAAUGCAGGGAGGUGGUGACCAAAUGGCAAUGCCCCAGAUGAUGGGACAACCAGAAAUCCCAGUGUCUGUGCCUCUUCCUGCAGUCAUGUCUCAUGAUGGAAGACCUGACCAGCAGCAGCAGCAGCAGCAACAGGCACAACCUCCCAUACAGGCCAAUGUGGCCAGUGUUCAGGCAUUUCAACCAGAACCCACCCCGAAGGCUUUCCAUCAACAUCAUGCCCCACAGGUAUUUCAACAAGACCCGGCUUCUGGUCCUCCUCCUCCUCAGGCUCCUAUGCCUAUGCCGGAACCUGUUGUGCCAGCUCCAAUGUCUGUGCAGUCCUCUGGUGGCAGUGCAGCCCCUGCACCCUGGGAGGCUGCAGAUGUAAAGCCAAGCCUACCUUCCACUAUGUCAGCGGCCCCACCACCAUCUGUGGCCAAGGUGAGUGACCACCCUGGGUCAGUGACACCACCCUGGGCAACACCCCCAGCAUCGCAGGCAUCUUCACAACCAGUUCCCAUGAGUGCUCAGGGAGCAAGUCCAGCUGAGAAGAAACCACAAAUGGACCCCAGUUUGAUUCAGCUUGCUCAGCAGCAGCGGGCACUAAUAGAACAGGAAAGACAGCAAGCAAUGGAACAAGAGUUGCAAGGGAAAGCAUUACUUCAACAACAGUUAUUGGAAGCAGAGAAACAAAAAGAGAUGCUAGGCAUGCAGCAAAAGGCUUUGUUGGAAGAACAGAAAAAAGAACAAGAAAUGUUGGAGCGGGCAUUGCAGCAACAGCAGCUGCUUGAGGCAGAGAAACAGCAGCAGAUUGUUCAACAGCAAAAUCAACAAAUGCUCCAGCAGCAGUUACUGCAACAGCAACUAAUGGCAGCAGAACAACAGAGAAGGGAGAAGGAGGCCGAGUUGAUGAGGCAGCAGCAAAUGGCACUAAUGGAAAGACAGAGAGAGGAGCAGGCCAAGAUGAUGCAGCAAAGAAUCAUGGAAGAACAGCAACAGCAGCAGCAGUUGCAACAGCAGCAGCAGCAACAACAACAGCAGCAGCAGCAACAAAUGUCAAUGAGAGGACCUCCACCUCCACUGCUGCCCACUCCCCACAGUGGGCAUCCUGGUCAGCUGCAGGGCCCACCACCCCCUCAAGGCCCUCCACAGUCCAUACCACAAGUUCCACCCCCUCAAGGCCCUCCACAGGGUAUGCCGCCAGGUCCACCCCCUCAGGGCCCUCCACAGGGCAUGCCACAAGGUCCACCCCCUCAAGGUCCCCCACAGGGCAUGCCACAAGGUCCACCCCCUCAAGGCCCUCCACAGGGUAUGCCGCAAGGUCCACCCCCUCAAGGCCCUCCACAAGGCAUGCCACAAGGUCCACCCCUUCAAGGCCCUCCACAGGGCAUUCCGCAAGGUCCACCCCCUCAAGGCCCACCACAAGGUAUGCCACCAGCACCCCCUCAAAGUAUGCCACAAGGCCCGCCCCAGGGAAUGCCCCAAGGUCCACCUCAGGGCAUGCCACAAGGUCCUCCACCAGGUCUCCAGCAAGGUCCGCCACCUGGCAUGCCGCAGGGCCCUCCUCAGGGCCUACCACAAGGUGUACCCCAAGGGACACCCCCGGGUAUGCCACCCAAUGUAGGCGGCCCUCCACCAAGAUUUGAGAGGGAUGAGGGCCCAGAGGGACAGAGACAGCAGCCACCACCUCCUCCUCAGCUUAUGGGAGAGCCUGCCAGACCGACUCAGCAGAUACAAGAACUCAGGCCACCACCUCGGGUGGAGGAGGAAAGGCCCAAAGAAAUCAGAUUGCCACAAGCCCUGGAGAAGGUGUUAGCAUUCAAAGAUGUGAGGGCACAGCAGGUAGGAGUGACCACAGAGGAAAUGGAAGAGGAGGAGCAAGUGCAAGAAGAAUAUGAAGCAGAAGACUACAUCAAUGAAGAUUAUGGUGAAGAUGAAGAUGAUGAACCGCCUAGAAUAGAACAACAACAGACAGUGAAAGAAUCCAAGAAUAAGAGAAAGAAGAAGAAAAAGAAGAGGCGAGCCAAGCAAAGAUUUCAACAGAAACAGGAGCAAAAUAAAGCUCACCAAGAAGAAACGCCCAAUGAUGAUGUAGUUGUUGAGUACAUUCCAGAGCAGUUAGAUAUUGAUCCAUCUGAUCCAAGCUACAGAGAUUUUAUGAAGAUAUUUGAAGCUUUCAAGAUUACUGAGAUUGAGAAAGCAAAGGAGGUAGGGAAAACUGAAGAGAAGAAAGACGACAGAGCAAAAGAACCUGAGGCAAUUACUAAGGGACAGCAUCUUAUGGAUUUACAUGAUAUGGAGGAAGAGGAACCACCAAUAGAAGAAGAAAAACCAAAACUUUCCAAGAAAAAGAUGAAAAAAUUAAACAGAUUAAGUGUAGCAGAAUUGAAACAGCUGGUAAGCAGGCCUGAUCUAGUUGAAAUGCAUGACGUGACUGCUCAGGAUCCAAAAUUAUUAGUCAGUUUAAAGGCUACUAGGAAUACAGUAAGUGUACCUAGGCACUGGUGUUUUAAAAGGAAGUACCUCCAAGGUAAAAGAGGUAUAGAGAAACCACCGUUUGAUUUACCAGACUUCAUUAAGAACACUGGCAUUAUGGAAAUGAGAGCAGCUUUGGCAGAAAAGGAGGAACAGAAGACAUUAAAGUCAAAAAUGAGGGAAAAAGUUCGACCAAAGAUGGGGAAGAUCGACAUAGAUUAUCAGAAGCUUCAUGAUGCUUUUUUCAAGUAUCAAACAAAGCCGAAAAUGACAAUCCAUGGGGAUUUAUAUUAUGAGGGAAAGGAGUUUGAAACGAGGUUAAAAGAAAAGAAACCAGGCAACCUAAGUGAUGAACUAAGGACAGCCUUGGGAAUGCCUAUAGGACCUAAUUCUGAAAAGUUUCCUCCUCCAUGGCUAAUUGCAAUGCAGCGGUAUGGCCCACCUCCCUCUUAUCCCAAUCUGAAGGUACCAGGACUCAAUGCACCAAUACCAGAGGCUUGUGCAUUUGGCUACCAUGCUGGUGGAUGGGGCAAGCCACCUGUGGAUGAAACGGGGAAACCUCUGUAUGGAGAUGUAUUUGGAACACAGAGUGGAGAGUUCCAGGACCCUGUGCAAGAAGAGGACAUAGAUAGGUCGUACUGGGGUGAAUUAGAGUCUGAAUCAGAGGAAGAAGAAUCUUCAGAAGAAGAGAGCGAAGAAGAGGAAGAUGUGGAUAAAAGUGGUUUAAUUACUCCAGGGGAAACUGGUCUCAUUACUCCGAGUGGAGUAACCUCAGUACCAGCCGGAAUGGAGACACCCGACAUGAUAGAGCUGAGGAAGAAGAGGAUAGAAGACGCCAUGGACCAGGGCGGCGACACUCCAGCUCUGUACCAAGUGUUACCAGAGAAGAAAGCGGCCGUGGGAGGGGCCAUGAUGGGAUCUGCACACAUAUAUGAUAUCACUGGGGUUACAGGCAAGAAACCAGGAGAGAAGGUGGCAGAGGGAGUGGAGAUAGCACUGAAUCCAGAGGAAUUGGACUUGGACACUGCUGCCAUGCAGGUGAAAUACGAACAGACAUUAAAAGAACAGCAGUCUCAGCUGGAGAAAGAAGAUCUCAGUGACAUGGUAGCUGAACAUGCUGCUAAACAAAAGAAGCGAAAGAAGCAACAAGAUGGUGGAAAAGCUGCCAAGAAAUAUAAAGAGUUCAAGUUUUAGGGGUUGUCAUUUUCCCCAAGCAUUAUUCCAAAAAAUAUAGACUGUGGAUGUGUGCAAAGGGAAAGUUAUGGGACUACUUGAUUUAGAAGAAGGGUCAUGACAUUUUGUUGCAUUUUAUAUUUUAAGCUACAAUUAGAAGAUAGACAAAAUGUUCAACUUCCAAGUGUAUUGGAGUUGAUCUGUAUAUUAUAUAUUACAUACGUGAUCUGUAAAUGUUCAGUUUUAAAGGCUCUGUGUAGAAUGAUACAGCAGACUACAGUACAAGCAUCUGAUUAAUAUCUGAAAAGAUAAUGUUUUGGAUAUAUACCCAGUGUUGUUACUUCUGCAUCCACAAAAGCUGGACAAAUACCUCCCUACUCAAUAGUGACCUUUUGAAACCAAAAUUGUUGGCAACAUAUGUUCCAGUUAUGUUAAUUCCUAAAAAUAUCAACAACAUUGUUCAAUAAUUCACCUGUGAUUCAGGAGUCUUAAAUUCUUUUCCGUACUUAAAAUCGGUAUAACACUUGCAAUCACAAUUUACACUUAAACUUAAUUAUUUGGAAAUAGAUAAAGAUAAUUCA